UACAAAAUGGCGCAAUAGUUUAAAAACGUCGUCCGUCAUAAAUGUGAAAGUGUUUUAGCCAGCAAGCAUUCAACAUGGCUCUUGAGCAUGAAUCGUGCGACAAACGUGACUAUUUGAUUCAUGCAAAGCUAAAAGAAGCAAGGACAAGUCACUGUCUUUCUUUUAACAACACCAAACUGAAUCGCAUUCCCAAAGAAGUGUUUACUAAAUUAACAAGUUUGCGACAUCUUUACCUGAGUGGUUGCAACCUCCAGGGAGUUGUACCAAUUGAGUUUAUGGAGCUUCCGUUGUUAGAAUCGCUUGAUCUAUCUGUGAAUGGAUUUGAUGAACUUCCUGCAGAUGUGUGUCGCAAACUAACCAGGCUAGAGAUGCUUGAUAUCAGUAGUAAUAAGCUUGUUGUUUUACCUACAACGAUUAGCUGUAUGAAAAAUUUGCGAGAAUUGAAUUUGUCUGAGAACCGAUUGGUGGAUCUUCCUGACCAAUUAGGGAAUCUUCCUCAUCUACAAGUACUGGAUUUGUCUUCUAACUUACUGAGAGAAAUUCCUCCUGGAGUUCUUACUGGUAGUAUGGGUGAAACUCUUACGCAGUUCAGUGUCAGAAACAAUUUACUUACAAAAUUUUCUGAUGAGAUUGGAGCACUUAAAUAUUUGGAAGAGCUAGACUUACGAGAUAACAACUUCAUCAAUAUGCCAAGAGCUGUCAGAACUUUGAUAAAUUUGAAAGCCUUCUACUACGCUGGGAAUAGAUGGAGACGUUGUCACCGACCAUACAGGCAGGGUGUACCUGACAACGGGGUAGCUAGUUAUGGGGCUGGAGCUCUUGACAGACUGUUUACUUUUGUACAUCCACGCUAUUAGAAUGGUCAACUUCUCUAGUCAGGAGUAAAAUUUUGCAUCAAAGAGUUAUUUCAAAUUGAAGUAACAACAAGCAAUUAAGAUGAAACUUUUUAGCUCCACUGUUAGUAUAGGUGAUUGUCUGCUGUUAUCUUGCAUCAGCUUUUUUUCAAACGGCCUCUUGAAAACUCUUAAUGUUCCUUGGGUUGACCUCUAUGAAAUUAGACCAUUUUGUCAAGAUAUUUUCAAUUCUCUAUUAUUAAUGAAUAUUUUUCGUCACAAAUGUUAUUUUCACUCGGAUUGGUUUUAUACAUGUACCUUUGGUGGUCAUCUACUAGAUUAAAACAUUUCGUGAAAAUAUCUUGAAUUUUCUAGUUUAAGUGAAUAUUUUGGUCAUUGUUAGUGAAAAUUGACUUCUAAUUGAUGACUGCUAGUUUGAUUGAAUUGAUAAUUGGUAUAUAUGUAAAUGUACCUUUGAUUAGAUCAUUGUGUGACAUAAAGGGAACUCUCUGCUAAUUCUGACAUAUCCUAUAACUGUAGUUGAUGAAUCCAAAACUUGGCUACUAUUGCCGGUAAAUGUAUCCUUACCAGUCAUGAGAGUGAAACACUUAAAAUAUAAACAAAGCCAAGGUUAUUUAUUUUCCCACUAUGAUGAUUAUCUAUAUUAUGUAACUAUAUGCAAUAACUCAUUUUAUCAAAUACAACUAUUUUACUAACAAUAAAGUU